AUGGCUUCGCUGCGCCUACCAGUGCCCUCGACCAGGCUGCUCCGGUUCUUGCGACGUCAGUCCGAAAGCUUGAGUUUCUUCAGCCCAAGCCACGAUGCUGCCGCAGGUCUAGCACAGUCUACGCGUAGAGCUCUCUGCGCAGCCAAGAGACAGACGCGACAGUCGUCGCAGCACGAAGACACGUCGUUGCAAGCGGGAAUUCUGGACCCAAGUUCCCUCCUGCGAACACGGUGCCCGCGAGACCUCCGCCCGGCCGCUUUACCAUACUCGACAGCAAGGCUUGGGAUUCGGUUCAACUCUUCGAACAGGCCGCAGGCACCAUGUAAACCAACAUGGAUGGAAAGGCUUGCAGGAAUUGGAACAAGGAAAGGCGCGAAACCCCUUGAACCGGACGAUCUCCCGGAAGACGACGGGGAGGGCGAGAACAACUCCAUGUUCAGCACCCGGCGCCAGCUCAGUCAAAAGGCUGCGCUAGAGCCAAGGCUUCGGUGUACUGAAGUUGACGAGAGUGGUAAUGCCAUAUUGGUCGAUGGCGAGUUCAAGAAGAGCGAGCUAAUCGCGAGGUUUGGUCUGUUGCCUCGCGAUCUGCGCAAAAUCGACUCUUCGAAUCUGCCACAUAUUCUCGUCCGACCGACCGCGAUCUUGCUCAACCUCCUGCAUCUGAAGGUUCUGAUAAAGCACAACCGAGUGCUGCUAUUUGAUAUCUAUGGCACGAAAGCGUCCUACCCCCAGUCUGCGUUCAUGUACGACCUACAGGGAAAGCUACAACAGAAGACGGCGCCAAGCAACGGGGGCUUGCCAUACGAGUUCCGCGCCAUCGAAGCCGUGCUUCAGUCCGUGACCCAGGAGCUAGAAGCAGACUUCGAAGCCGUCCGCGACCCCGUGAUUCGUAUUCUGAGCGAGCUUGAAGACGACGUCGACCGACACAAACUGCGCAUCCUCCUCAUCCUUUCCAAGCGAGUCAGCACCUUCGAGCAGAAGGCAAAACUCGUACGCGAUGCCAUUGAGGAGCUUCUUGAGGCUGACGAUGAUCUGGCGUCCAUGUACCUGACCGAGAAGACGCACGACAUCCACCGCCAACUGGACGAUCACACUGAAGUCGAGAUGUUGUUGGAGUCGUACCAUAAGCUUUGCGACGAAAUCGUCCAGGAAGCACAGAACUUGGUGUCAUCCAUCAGGAACACCGAGGAAAUUAUCCGGGCGAUUCUAGAUGCCAACCGUAACUCUCUCAUGUUACUGGAACUCAAAUUCAGCGUGGGCACUUUAGGCCUGGCCAUGGGUACUUUCAUUGCUGGUCUCUAUGGAAUGAAUCUGGAGAACUUCAUCGAGGACACCAACUGGGGUUUUGGUACCGUCACCGCUCUGUCGAUUUUAUUCUCGCUCGUCGUUUGCAGAUACGGCAUGCUGAGGCUCCGGAAGGUACAGCGCGUCAAGAUGCAAGGCGAUGAGCGCAGAGGUGUGGAGAGGGACUACCAUUGGUUCCAUGACGAUGGUCAUGCGGGACUUUUGGAUCCCCGGAACCGCGAGAAGCUGAGACGUCUGAAUAUGAAGAAGGCAGACAACCUCAAGAACAAGAAGAAGUGGUGGUGA